GAACUAUGCCUGUCCUACUUGUAACCAUUCUAUGGUGAAGAUGGACAAUGUUUGGGAACACAUUGAUGAGGAAAUUUUACACACACCCAUGCCUGAGGAAUACAAAGAUUACAUAGUGCAGAUACUCUGCCGUGACUGCCACAAGGAAAGCUCGGUACUGUUCCAUGUGCUAGGGCUGAAAUGCCAGGAAUGUGGGUCUUACAAUACCUGUAGAACUGCGGAGCCAGAAGUGGAGCAGGACGACGUCAGCGCAAAACCAAGUAACACUGAUGGGUCAGGGGAUUCGGCCUCCAGUAGUAAUAAUCCAUCGACAUCCUAGAUGGAAUGAGCACUGUGAUCAAAACUUACUGCCAUACAAUAUAAAACCAAAAUUAAUGUAUCAGCUACAUUGGUGAUUCGACCACCUUGACCUAACUGUAGUUGGUUGAACAAUUUACACCAGAGUGGAUGAGAGGACAUUUGAGGUAAAAUUUACAACAUUGAAUCUGAGUUAUAAUUCAUACCAGUGAAUUUGAAAGUAUUGGCCUGUAUUAUAUACAUGGUGUAAUUUAUGUCACUGAAUAUAAAGGUUUUGGCCUGUAUACAGGGUAUAUAUUUCAUGUCAGUGAAUCUGAAGGUAUUGGCCUGUAUUAUAUACGAGGUAUAAUUCAUGUCAGUGAAUCUAAAGGUUUUGCCUUAUUAUUGAUAUUAUUUACAGGAUAUCUCGGAUCUUCUGAGCAAAUUUACUUUAUAUUCACACCACAGUAUCAUAAGAUCCACACUUAAUUAUAAUAAUCAAUAUGGUGGAUAUAGGUCAAGGUUAAAGGGUCAAAGUUCACCAACCUAUUUUGAACAAAAAACAUCAUUAUAGGUUAUCAUUUGCUAAUGAUGGGGUAUAUCUUAUCUAUAUGUCUCUGCUCACUUUGCUUUAUUGCAAUAGGAAAAUAAAUGAAAUAUUGAUUAUGACCAACAAAUAAAUCUGCUUCACUUCAAUUAAUCUCAUCUUGUAAUCAACACUUAGAAAUCUUGUGGCUUUGAUAUAUAUAUAUAUCAAGGUCAGGAUUAGAAAAAAACAUCAAAACAAAAUGAUAUUGUCCUAUAUACAUGAAUAUGCUUUCUUCACUUCAUGAUACUCGUACAUAAUACAGGCAGGACACAGAAUAUAGCCAUUGCUUUGUGUGUUCAUGCAUUUAUUCAUCCGUCCAUAGUAAAAAGCUUUUGCAAAUAAAUUAUCUGCCGUCAAUCUGCCACUGAACUUGAUUAAAGUGUAGGUGUCAUUAUAGUCAUGCUUGACCACUUUUUUUGGG